CCCGAGACCGGCGGGCCAAUGGGCGUGUGGGGCGGGGCCUGCGUCGGCGCCGUCCGGCCCUGGCCUCCGCCGCGCUGCCCAGUCUGGCCCCGCCGCCGCCCGCCGCGAUCGCGUUGCUGCCGCAGCGCUGCCCCCCGCCCGGGCCGCCAGCCCGCAGCCAUGAGCGCGCUCCGCCCAGGCCGAGCUCGCCGCCCCCUGGACUAGCCUCGCUGCCGCCCCGACCCGCCUGCACCAUGGAGUCUCCUGCCCCGAGCUCGCCCGCCGCCGUGCCCGCGUCCAAAGGAAAGUCCAGGAGGAAGAGGGAUUUACGGAUCUCCUGCGUGUCCAAGCCGCCAGCGCCCAGCCCCACGCCCCCCCGGAACCUGGACUCCCGGGCCUUCAUCACCAUUGGAGACAGGAACUUCGAGGUGGAGGCAGAUGACCUGGUGACCAUCUCAGAGCUGGGCCGAGGUGCCUACGGGGUGGUGGAGAAGGUGCGGCAUGCCCAGAGCGGCACCAUCAUGGCUGUGAAGCGCAUCCGGGCCACAGUGAACUCGCAGGAGCAGAAGCGCCUGCUCAUGGACUUGGACGUCAACAUGCGCACUGUCGACUGCUUCUACACUGUCACCUUCUACGGGGCCCUCUUCAGAGAGGGAGAUGUGUGGAUCUGCAUGGAGCUCAUGGACACGUCCCUGGAUAAGUUCUACCGGAAGGUGCUGGACAAGGGCAUGACGAUCCCAGAGGAUAUUCUCGGGGAAAUUGCUGUGUCUGUGGUGAGGGCCCUGGAGCACCUGCACAGCAAGCUGUCGGUGAUACACAGAGAUGUGAAGCCGUCCAACGUCCUCAUCAACAAGGAGGGCCACGUGAAGAUGUGUGACUUUGGGAUCAGUGGCUACUUGGUGGAUUCUGUGGCCAAGACGAUGGACGCCGGCUGCAAGCCCUACAUGGCCCCCGAGAGAAUCAACCCGGAGCUGAACCAGAAAGGCUACAACGUCAAGUCUGAUGUCUGGAGCCUUGGCAUCACGAUGGUGCAGCCCAGGAUCGAGAUGGCCAUUCUACGGUUUCCUUAUGAGUCCUGGGGGACCCCGUUCCAGCAGCUGAAGCAGGUGGUGGAGGAGCCAUCCCCGCAGCUCCCAGCUGACCGUUUCUCCCCCGAAUUCGUGGACUUCACUGCACAGUGCCUGAGAAAGAACCCUGCAGAACGCAUGAGCUACCUGGAGCUGAUGGAACACCCUUUUUUCACCUCACACAAAACCAAGAAGACCGACAUCGCUGCCUUUGUGAAGGAGAUCCUGGGAGAGGACUCGUAGGGGGCUAGGCCUUGGACCCACGCCGGCCCUGUGGUGCCCCACAGCCCUCUGCUGGGGCAGUGCUUGCCCAUAAGCUACUGCCACCCUGGCCUUGGGCACCUGGGAGGAAUGCAGGGGGCUGCUCCUGCCUGACAGGCAACAGGCUGUUGGUCCCAAGUGCCAAAGAACCAGACCAUCGGGGCCCCCCAGUGCCUCUGCCCCUGCUGCUCCAAGGACCCCGAGACUCUGGACUCACAGAGAAGGCAGUGGUGCCUUGUGCAGGCCACUGCCUUGGCCCAGCCCUGGACGCCACCCAAGUUGUAUAUUUUUUUUAUCUCUUGACUGAAUGGACUUUGCACACUUGGCCCAGGCUGGCCACACCUCUGUCCCAGCAUCGGUGGAGGGACCCAGGAGGGGGAGGAGCCACGUGAAUCCCCUGGAGCCCCCACAAGGCAGAUGCCAGAGCCGCCGAGGCCUUCACCCCAGCACCGGCAGACCAGGGCUCUAAGGGCACUGGGGCCACCUCGUCCCUGUCUGCUGCCUCUAGGGGUUUUGUUUCACUUUUAUUUUUUUAAUUUAUCCUCUUGAUUUUUUUCUUUUGCUUUGUGGGUUUGGCUGGUUUUUCUUGCAUGGUUUGGAGCCGAUCACUUUUCCAUCACCUGCUAGGGGACCAGCAGGCUAAAACCUGCCCUCUCUGCUCAGGCUGGGGUCUAGGGGGAUGGGCCCGGGGAGGUGCCAGGGGAGCCAUCCAGCUCCCUCUCUUCGAGGAUCGGCUCGAUGGGGGCUAUGGAUUUGCUUUUCGUAUUGUUUAAAAAAAAAGAAAAUAUAUUUUUUUGAAGAAGGGACUGCCCGUUCGGGGUCCUAUCCCUGAUGGGUUUGGGCAGUUGCCUGAUUGCUGUUUUAAUU